AACAGUCGAGUCAGGCAGGCAGACGGCGAACGGAGCGGCGGGGCAGGGAGUGUUGUACGGCGGCUCCACUCGGCACGACGUCCAUUAAUGUGCUGUUUUGGUUUUUUUUAUAAAGUAGCCGGCCCGUUUUAGAGGUUGUUGCACCGGCGACAGAGACGGCGCCAGUCGUUUGAGGACACGGCUAACUUCUGUUUUUCAUCGUUAAAUGACGCUCAGUCGUUGAGUGGAAAGAGAACUUCAUCCAUCUCGCGGAUAGUUCUUCUGAAAAAAACACCCAGCGGAAGUCUGGUCCGGGAUUAUAAAACCACAGCUUGAAGGUUUUUCUUAUUUAAGAACUGCACGAAAUCCAUGGGGCUAUUUUCCUUCGUGACUUUCUCCCCCUCGACCAGCGGUGCGAACUGCUGCGGCGGCUAACAUUAACGUCGGCUAAUCUUUUUUUUAGCACGCCAAGCUAAGCUAAGCUAGGCUAGGCUAGGUUAGCUCGCAGGCUAGGUUAGCUUGCAGCCUAGCAGCACAUUGGUUCGCCCGUUGUCAAGUGCUUCACUUCACCCGGUAACUUUCACGACAAUGCGCCUCGUACGCUUCGCAACAGGUGGACCGUCUGCGAACACAACGACGCGUCGGGAAUAAUCAGACAUUCAGAAACUUUUAGCGAUAUUCGUCUCGUGUUGCACUGCGGGCCAUGUCAUGAGUUGUUGGGCUUUUCGGUUGGUGUUUUGAGGAUCGCGCCCCCCCCCCCCCCCCCCCCCCGUUCCAGAAGAGAAGUUAGCCCCCUGAAGAUGCAGCCUCGGGACACAGUCUGAACACCCAAUAGCGACCUAACAUGUUGGAUCAUACAGAAUAACUCGACACUUGGAUCGGAGGUGAGCUUCGAGUCGUGCCGUUUUCCCUCCACGUUGUUGGUGCACGCUGAUGUGAAACGAAGAGGAAACCUUCCAGUUGCAACCCAGGGACAUACAACUGCUCGCCUGAAGUCCUCCUCCUCCUCCUCGUCGUCGUCGUCCUCGGUGUAUGCGUCAAGAUGUCGGCCAUCUCUGCGUCGGAGAAAGUGGACGGGUUCACGCGAAAGUCCAUGAGGAAGGCCCAGAGGCAGAGGAAGUCCCAGGGCUCCUCGCAGUACCGCACUCAGAGCGCCCCGGUGGAGCUCUCCCCGCUGCCACAGCUGAAAGAUGCUCCCUCCACAGAGCAGCAGGAACUGUUCACCCAGAAACUCCAGCAGUGUUGCAUGCUCUUCGACUUCUUUGACUCUGUGAUGGACCUGAAGAGCAAGGAGAUAAAGAGGGCGACCCUCAACGAGCUUGUGGACUACGUCUCCACCAACAGAGGGGUGCUGGUGGAGUCCUCGUACCCAGAGAUCUCUAACAUGAUCUGCACCAACAUUUUCCGGACUCUUCCGCCAAGUGAUAACCCCGAUUUUGACCCAGAGGAGGACGAGCCCACUCUAGAGGCUUCAUGGCCUCACAUACAACUGGUCUACGAGUUUCUGCUGCGAUUUCUAGAAAAUCCAGACUUUCAGCCCAGCAUUGCCAAGCGCUACAUUGAUCAGAAAUUUGUUCUGCAGCUCCUGGAGCUGUUUGACAGCGAGGACCCAAGAGAGAGGGACUUCCUGAAGACUAUCCUGCAUCGGAUUUACGGAAAGUUCCUGGGGCUGCGAGCCUUCAUCAGAAAGCAGAUCAACAAUAUUUUCUUGAGGUUCAUCUACGAAACUGAGCACUUCAACGGAGUGGCUGAGCUGCUAGAAAUCCUGGGAAGUAUCAUCAAUGGCUUUGCGUUACCUCUGAAGGCCGAGCACAAGCAGUUCCUGAUGAAAGUGCUCAUCCCGUUACACACAGCUAAAGGACUGUCCCUUUUCCAUGCACAGCUGGCCUACUGUGUGGUUCAGUUCCUGGAGAAGGAUCCUACGCUCACUGAACCGGUGAUCCGCGGGCUGCUCAAGUUUUGGCCUAAAACUUGCAGCCAGAAAGAGGUGAUGUAUCUCGGUGAAAUCGAGGAGAUCCUGGACGUCAUCGAGCCGACGCAAUUCAACAAAAUCCAGGAGCCGUUGUUCAAACAGAUCUCCAGAUGUGUGGCCAAUCCACACUUUCAGGUAGCAGAGCGAGCGCUGUACUUCUGGAACAACGAGUACAUCCUCAGCCUCAUCGAGGAGAACAUCGACAAGAUCCUGCCCGUCAUGUUUGGCAGCCUGUACAGAAUCUCCAAAGAGCACUGGAAUCCGACAAUCGUAGCUCUGGUCUACAACGUGCUGAAGACGUUGAUGGAGAUGAACUGCACCCUGUUUGACGAGCUAACGUCCUCCUAUAAAGCAGACAGACAACGGGAGAAGAAAAAGGAGCAGGAGAGGGAUGAGCUGUGGAAGAAGCUGGACGAGCUGAGGCUCAGUGAUGCCGCUCUGGUCCAGAACAACAGCCACGGGCUCCCGGGUGUCCAGAACAACAACAACAACAACAACAACAACAACAACAACAACAACAGCAGCAGCAGCAGCAGCAGCAACAACAACAUCAGUAGUAGUAGUAGUAAUAAUGAUAAUGACAACCAGGACAAGAGUGUUGAUUCGGCUCCUGCCGUCGCCACAGACGACAGAGAGCCUGACGUGGGUGUGGCAGCCAUUGAGAGCACUCCAUGCGCCAAAUGACACCGGAUGUUGUUGUUUUUUUAAAAUUCCGUAACGGUUUGACACCGCGUUCAGGACCGUCGGGGGAGUAUUGACGGAGAUGGAAAAAGAAAAAAAAAUCACACCUAAGCAGUAUAUGACAUCUACUUAGAGUGACGUAGAACGCCUGCAAUUCUUUGGCAGAAAUAAAAAAUAUAUAUAUAUAUAUAUUUCAACCUCAGACUAUUUUUGGAUGUUACAGUGUGGCUUACAGUAUAUUGUUAAAAUGUCUGAUCAAAGAGUUAUCCUUUCACAUUUAGUUUCUUAACUGAAAAUGAUUUUACGUGUUCUAUUCAUUGUGUGAUACACACGGGAGGGGAGAAAAUAAUUAUGACUUGAAUUCAAUAUUUCCGACUGUGCUGCACUCAGACGAGCUGAAUAGCUAUUUAAAGAUGUCUGUUGUCUUUUUUUUUUUUCAAAUGUGCUUUUCCCACGUGUCGCCAACACACGGGUGCAAAACCUUAAAGAAGGAGAGACCUCCAGACUUUGGGACCAGACCCAUAUUUUAGACAUUUAGUUGUCCAUUAAUGUACAGAAGAGGUUCUGUGUCGUCAGGAGCAGAAGAUGCUAGAAGUGUGAUAGGUGAAUGAGAGGUGCCUGGCCAAAGAAAAAUUAAACCCUGCUUAUGGUUUGAUAUCGUGAUGAUUGACUGAGUUGAAACCCGGUUCACAAUUAUUUGGGUAAAGGUGUUGGUGAAUAUAUAUAUAUUUUUUAAUGUCUGGAGCUAAACAGGAAGCUAAUAGUCGAAACACAACACCCGCUUUCAUGAAAUUGUUCACACUAAAGUAUUGAGAGAGGGCUUUUAAAGAAUAAAAAUUGUAUGAAAAUAUGAAGCCGGUUAGUCGCCUGGGUCGUCACCCCUUCAUGAAAUGUUGAAUGCUCAUUUUUACUCAAUGAUUUUUUGUACAGAUUUAAACAGACUUUUAUGAUUUUUGUUUGCAACUCUUGCUGUCCCAAGCUCAACCACCUGCCACCAGUAAGCUCACCCAACCGUAGCUUCAUUUUCACCCGGUAUUCGAUCUUUUCAUCUGACUCUCGGCAAGAUGACCCAAUAUUUCCCCAAAACACGUGUUCACGAAAAACACACGAAACCUACAGUUCUAUAUUUUUAUAGUAUUGACAAGGCAAAUAUUUUUUUUCUUUUUGAAUGUCUGAUUCUGCAGCUGGAUUAUGAUGCAGGAUGUAUUCGAUGCGCACUUGCGUGUGUGUACAUGUGUAUAUGUUAGUUUUGAGGCUACUUAAAGGGAGAUGCCACUCAAAUGUAGUAUUUUUAUGUACAGUAUUGUGCUUCUGUGGUCUAGGAAAGUGCAGUCAGUGCUGAUAGGAACAUAAAUGUUUGUUUCUUAAAAGCCGAAAAAAAGACAUUGUUACCGCCACUAUUAGCCAGUUUUUCCUCACGAUAAGUGCGACUGAUUUUUGUCCAUCUUCGAGUUCUUCUAUCCGAACGAGGCUCAACAUAUACGAUGGAAGUGAUAUCAAGUCAAUCAGCACUUCACACCAGAAAGUUAUUUUGAACGCCUGUUGUUCACUCUCUUCCACUCCAGACUUUCUAAUGUCACAUUCACUUUUACUCUUAAUUUCCUAAAACCUGGCGGUGGAUACACUUGUUGAUUUAAUCUGACUGCUAUAGAUCAUAGAAAGGACCUCCUGAGAGUACUUUUAUUUUAAGUUGAAUGGUGUUCCCCUCUGAGCCAUGGUGUCUGCUCUCUUCAGUACAUAUUUAAGGUCCUGUCUUCUCUGAUGCCUUUUCUGUCAGUACAGCAUUCCAGCCUCUGUGACGUUUAAAAAACAAAACAACAAAAAAAACAUUGCGUCUUCUCAUCGCAGAUCUUAUUUAGGUUUCACCAUCAAAUAAAGUCUAUUUUAUCUUUGUACUCAAAACACAA